UACAUUGGUUUUAACCAACACACUACACUCCCAAUAAAAAUACACACCAACUUCUUAUUUAAACCCCAACACUUCCUCUCUUUCUCUCUCAUAUCAACCCACAGAUUUAGAGAGAGAAAAACUCAAUUCAUAUUCAUAAAUAAAUUAAAAUACACAACAACAAACAACAGACAACCCAUUUCAUUUUUAGGAGGGAAAAACUAAAACUAAAAUCUCCUGCAACUUCUACUCACUAUUUACUCACUCUACUCUACUCUGUUACUGUCACUCUACUACUCUGCUUCACCCAACCAAAAAAAAAAAACUAAAAACUCAGAUUUUAGAGAGAGAAAGUGAAACUCCUAACAAAUUUGGAGAGAGAAACUGUGCAAAAUAACAAUUUCCCAGAAAUACCCAUCUUCAAUUUUGACCUAAUUUAACUUCUAAACUUGAAAAUUCUACUUCCAUUUUUGAAUUUUUUUAGAGAGAGAAAGUUAUAGAAAGAGAGAGAGAAAACAUGUUUGCUGCUGAGAAUGGGCUGAAAGGAGAUCCAAGGCUUCAAGCUAUUUCUGAAGCCAUUAGGGUUGUUCCUCAUUUUCCUAAACCAGGUAUAAUGUUCCAAGAUAUAACAACAUUAUUAUUGGACCCAGUAGCCUUCAAACAUACUAUUGAUAUAUUUGUUGACAGAUACAGAGACAUGAAUAUCUCUGUUGUUGCUGGGGUUGAAGCAAGAGGAUUUAUGUUUGGUCCACCAAUUGCUUUAGCUAUUGGCGCAAAGUUUGUACCAUUGCGUAAACCAAGAAAACUACCCGGGGAAGUGAUUUCGGAGUCAUAUGAGCUGGAGUACGGAACUGACUGUUUGGAGAUGCAUGUUGGGGCUGUUCAACCCGGUGAGCGUGCAUUGAUAAUUGAUGAUCUAGUUGCUACCGGUGGUACACUUUGUGCAGCAAUUGGACUUCUUGAACGGGUUGGCGCUGAGGUGGUUGAAUGUGCCUGUGUAAUUGGAUUGCCUGAAGUCAAGGAGAAGUUCAAGCUUAUUAGAGGAACUCCACUUUAUGUUCUUGUCGAGCCACGCCAGUUAGAAGACUGCCGUUUAAGGUCGAAAAUGGACAUGCGGAGAGAGGCUGAUGAAUUAGCUUUAACAAGUUGAAAAUUUGCAAGGAAAUUUCGAAACAGAGCUUCAAUCUCCUUCAUCUCAUGCAGUUUGAUGGUAAACAGCGGCUGAUUGAGCGCUAUUGAAGGUUGAAGGGAAUGAAAACUAGGAUGGAACGCACUGAUGUUUAUUAUUUGUAUCGAGGAUUGUAAUCUUACCCUUCAUUGCUAUCUAGACGACCAAACUCAAGUUAGAUAUGCACCUUAUUCAACAGAAUGUUUGUAUCAUCUUCAACUUAAAAUGUUUAUGCUCUGAAAUAUGUUGUUUCUGUUAGAACCCUGGUGCUAAGGUCAUGACAAAAUUCGAAUGCCAAAAUUCGAAUUCUUGGCCAAGAGAAUCAUGUUGAUUGAUUUUAUAUUUUAAGCAGCAGCUCCAAAUACGCUUUCAA